AUGAAUGCUUCCCUUCCUCUACAAGGCUCUCUUCCAGCCGUCGUCAACCAUGUGAUCGACUGGCUUCUGUGGCCGAUCCUCUCGCUAUUUAGCGCCAUAUCCGAAAUCUUCAAUUCUCUCGUGCAAACUCUUGCAACAACAGAUAUGUCUCCGAUAGGAGGCAACCUAGUGGAAAUUUCGGCCGUGUCGACUAUUAUAGGCGCCCCCAUAGCGGAAGCGCUGAUUCACGGCCUCAAGGCGGCAUGCGGCAUUGUCUGGGCUCCUAUGAGCUGUUUCGGUCAGAUUCAUGUGAUUAAAGCGUGCUUGUCCGCCACGGUGCCAGACUCCUUACGCGAAUCGAUGGGCCUCCGCAAUCAGUUCGUCGAUAAUGCGCUCGGAGUCCUCCUCCCAGUGAACCGGUUCCGACGAGCGCGCAGCCGUAUCGAUUUCGGCGACGCGGGUGCUAUCGAGAUCGUCCCGUGUCGGCGCUGGAUCGGUCGAUGGGCCUUGACAUGGACGGGAAGUGCAGAUGGCUGGCCGGAUCUUGCGCCUCUCGUCUCCCUACAACAGUGGAAGCGCUGGGUUGGCAUGAUGACAGCGCACGAGGCGGCGCAAAUGGACGCAAUCACCCAGAUCAAGGCGUCGGAGUCGCACGACAACGUCUACAGAGCACAUGUGAUUUACACACUGGAUAAAAAUGCUCAGCUGGCGCUGGACACGGUCCCGGCGGCGGAGAAGGGAUCGCCUAUUGAUAUCUACCGUUUUAUUCCCGACCAAGGCAGUCUUCCAUCGCCCUGGAGGGAUUGGUUCUGGCUUUUGCUCUCGCUAGUCAAGCUGAUAGAGGUCUUUACACUUCGGAAAGUGGGUAGUCAAGGAGUGUGGGCGUGGACCAUGGCGGGCUGGGCUCAUGCCUCUGUCGCUGCUGUCCUGCUGCAGGUGACCGGUCUGGGCCGCGACAGUCCUUUUAAGCGCACAAGGCACCUGGUGGCGGGUAUCCUACCGUCUCCGCUUCGUAUGGGCGAGCAAGGAAAGAUUGUCUUGGGGAUUCCUGCCAAUAUACGGCGACAUAUGUUAUGGCGAAUCGUACUCGGGGUCGGCAUCUGUGUCAACCUGGCAGGUUUGCUGGGCACUUUUAUUCGGCUGGACGGUGAGCCGACCGAAGCGCUGUACUUUUGGAUCGGAUUCCAGGUUCUAUGGCUUGUUAUGCGGACCAUCGUCUACUACUUUGCCGCAGGAGGAACAGCCAUCCAGCAAGGAAUCAUGUCCUGCCGCCGGUGGAAUGAGGCGCCACCGGAAGACCGGCAGCAGGUCUUGUUGCUUCUCAAUGAGCUGGCAAGUCAUCAAGCAUCAACUCAUCCAAGGGGGUUCCAUGCGUACCUGUUCGACUGCAUGUCCUUUGAGCAUCUUUGCCAAUUUUUUGUCCUAGUGGACUGGACAUUGAGCCCAAAGCUUCCACCGUUUCCAGCUGAGACACGGCUGGACAGCAUCAUUGUUCAUGCUGUCACUGGCGAUCCUUUGAUCCGCAGCGCCGUCUGGCAACAGGGGGUGGCUCUGGAUAAUUCUGAGCUGUAUGACUCCUGCAUUACGUUUGUCGAUCUUGCCCCCGGUGACAAGCAGGGGUACUUGAUGGCUGUCCCCUGUGUGCGAGCGUAUUCCUGUCACUGCGGGAGUAAAGAUGGCCACGACCGCGGGAACAGUCACCCCGACUGCGGCAAGAUUGAGUGGUGGCAUUUCUUCCCAGUCGAUAUACAGAACUGCGUUGGUAGUCGUUGGCUAGUCGCACAUGGCAAGAAGGGAGUCGGACAGCUGGAGGCAGAGAUUCUGGAUGAAGAUGAGCUCGAUCGGAGACUCUUUACGGGCUGGUGGAAAAUUAGCAUCACGGGGAUCAGAACUUUACGAAAGACAUGGGAGGUUUCAGUGCAGGCUGCAAAUAUCACAUUGUCUUUUACACAGGGGAUUACAGCGUGA